UUUCUUGAUAAAGAAAUGGUAUURAGAAUCAACAGACGCUAACUUCCUGAUAAAAUGCACCAAUUUCUUCCAGCACAGGACAACAACGGAUCUAUUUCUAUGAUUUCAAAAGGCUAAUCGUCAUUGAGAGGCCAGUGAUCGAGCAACGAGGUCAUUAAGCACAGAUUGUUUGUCUGGUUUGACAAUCCAAGCGUAGACACUGAAGCCAGUUGAUCAUAGAGGAUGUGCGGUCACUGCCUGGCCGGUCUAGUAUAAAACGCACGACUUCUCCAGAAGGACACAACUUGGAAUCAGGACUCAAAGAGCAACGAUGGGGUUGGUGUUUUUAUUAGUCGCGUUUACGCUGUGUUUUGGCUGUGCGCACUGUAGCUACAGCGUCCCUAACACUUGUCAGCCUAUCAGGGUGUCGAUAUGCAAGUCUCUUCCAUACAACAUGACGCGAUUGCCAAACCUACUCUAUCACUACACUCAGGAAAGUGUCGCUGCAUCUGUCGACAACGUGGAGAUUAGAACCCUCAUAAACACUAGUUGUUCCGAUGCACUGGUUUUUCUACUGUGCGUCUACCAUCUUCCAAUAUGUACAAGUGGGUUUGAUAUUCCUAUACCUCCGUGUCGAUCAGUCUGCAACAAAGUCAAACGCGAAUGUACGCCAUCCCUUCAGCUGUUCGGGCGCAAAUGGCCCAGCGACGUCAACUGCGAAAACAUGCCUACAUACGAAAAAGGAGUCUGCGUCAAACCGGAAUCUUUCGUGAGCCAUCCUCCAAGACCUGUUUGCAAGUGCAACAAGGACACGUCUAUUAACCAGAGGAAGUUCACGGCCAAGGGAUUUAAGUUCGUGGUAAUCGCAGAAGUCAAUAGCAUCACCGAGACACCCAGCGAAAGAAAGAUCCUCUUCGCGCACAAGAAAACAAUUCAUAAGAGUCUGGUAAAGCUUGGCAAACGAAAACUAACGAUGUAUACUAACUCGUCGUGUCCGUGUCCUGUACUACAGACCAAUCAAACAUACCUGCUGAUGGGACAUGAAGACACGACGAAUGGGAAACUGAUACUGGGGCCAGAGAGCUUUGUUUAUCCAUGGCCUACAAACGGGAAAAAAGAAAGGAAAUAUAGACAGAUAAAGAAAACCCUCCGAGCCCCUUUGCGCAAUCUUCUGCAAAAGCUGGAACAAGAACUCAAGAAAAAAAGGGCAAAGAAUAACUUGACAAAGCUGAACAAAAGAAAAGCCAACAGCACUUGAAAAAAUACCUUCCUUUGGUACUGCUUUGCCAGUCUCAUUGUUCGACCACUUURAUCCAUAAAAACUACUUUCGAACCUUUUUAGAGUGCACGCACUAAACCCGUGAAGCUAAUACUAAUUUUUAGCACUAAAUAGUGAUAACAAAACAAUAUAAAACAAAGGAUUCUGUAUAAAAUAGUACUAAUUAGAGCUAAUUAUUGUGCACGGGUUUAGACUAGUGCUUGCACUCUAAUGUGUUUUGAAGAUAAUUUUUGUGGCUUGGUAAAAAAAAGAAGACGCUAGCUUGG